UUGCGGAGCUUUACGCGACUGAGACUUGUGUGUGUGCUGAUGUUUUCAGUUGAGAUUGAGCAGCUGUGAAGAUGUUCAUCUGAGGUAAUCUUUCUCGCACACAUUUAUGUGGUUGUUGCAGGUUGAAGACGUCUGCAACUGGUGAAGACGAAGACAUGGGUGUUUGGACGAGAAAGAAGGCGGUUGAUGAUGAGGAGGCAAUCGAAUGAAGAAGACGAAGGACGAGUAAGAAGGCGGUUGAUGAUGAGGAGGCAAGCGGAUGAAGAAGACGAAAGCUUGAAGCAGAAGAGAUCUUCAUGUAUUCGGUUCCACUGUCAAGCGUAUCCGGUUCCAGCCUUUGGAAGAAUUUGCGAAGGAGGUGUAUUCGGUUGCAUGCUUUGCGUAUCCGGUUCCAUAUAAUUUUGCGCCUCGGGUCUGCGUGCUUCGUAUUCGGUUCUACAGAUGACACCUCUGUGUUCCGAUUCCAGUAACCGGUUCCCCAUACCUAGAAUACUUGCUCCGUCGCCAAAACUGGGUUAGCAUAAGCGUGUUUACGGCCGUCCAUGGGGUGAUGCGGUUAUGAUCUUCGUGGCGUCGCUGUGAAAGUGUACAUCCGCCAUGGAAGCAACGGUGGGUUGGGGUUGAGGAGAAGGCCGCAGAGGAUGGAGGUGUGUUGUUACGACCACGAUUCGACGUAGACAUAGAUGUAGGUGGAGAAAACAACGACGGAGAUCACGGAGAUGUCUGGCAUGGAGAAGAGGAUGAAGGUUUGUGCGGUAGAGGAUAUCUGGUGGUCUUGGCCGAAGCAUUGUAUGGUGAGGUUGAUGGGGAUGGAGGUGGUAUUAGGUGGAGGUGGCAUAACGUGGAGGAGGACGGUUCUGUCGAGGGUGAAGGGCAACGUUUUGCAAUGUUUUCCGGCGUACGGUUGGCCGCAAAUGGGUUCCAUGAACUGCAAAUGGCCAUGUCCAGUCUAGGUCUGUUCAUGGCAUUACAACCCAAGAUCAUUGCCGGUGGAAAAUCUGUUGCAGCAUUUUCUAUGGCUAUUAGGUUCUUGACAGGUCCAACUGUUAUUGCUGCAACCUCCAUAGGCAUUGGACUCUGUGGAGUUCUUUUGCAUGUUGCAAUUGUCCAGGCUGCCCUUCCCCAAGGUAUGCUUCCCUUUGUGUUUGCUAAAGAAUACAAUCUCCAUGCAGAUAUUCUUAGUACUGCGGUUAUAUUUGGAAUGCUGAUUGCAUUGCCCAUAACCAUACUCUACUACGUGCUUCUUGGACUCUAAUCUAUCUUGCGAGGCAGAAGGAUAUGAUGCUGUAACUGUACGUACUACGUGAAGCCAAGGACACCACGCUCUAGCGGGUGGAUGAAGAAACGUACAAGAUAUUUGAUUUUAGAUGUUAGAGAGGGAAAGAAAAAUUAUAUAUAGUAUA